AUUGUGAUUGUAAAUUAAUCUAAAGGAUAACUCAAGUUUUGCCCAAGACGCUACGAAAAAAGAUUACGUCAUUUGCGUUAGCUUUAUAGCAGAGGUUAAAACUCUGGAAAAAGGUAUCACGUAUGCAAACAGCUGCGAUGGUUCGACCUAAAACAAAGAUAAUGAGGCUUUAGUGUCCAUAUCGCAACCUAAUUAGGAAUAUGCAAGCACCUGACUAUUUCCCGUGGUAAACACUUUUGAUCGGGUAUAAUUUACUCUGAGAGCAUAAAAUCGUUUAGCGCCGGCCCCCGCUUUUGGAAAAUCGGAAAUUGAGUAACAAUUUGCCCUCGCUAAUUCGCCAGGCCCCUGUCUAUGACGUAGAUAGCGCUUGCCCCAUUACCAAAUAUGUAACUCGAUGUUUUAGUCGUGAUUCCGGUCCCAGUUUCUGCACGCCCCCUUUAAGAAGGAAGCAUUUAUAAUAAUAACAAACGAUAUAUAAAGGAUAGACUGCAGCAUUCAAGAUACAUUGGUUCCGCAAGUGCGUUCAACUGAAUUAAGAGUUUGCAAGCUGUGGGAAGAGAAAACGAUGCUUCGAACAGCUCUGUUUGCCGUUUUUCUGCAGUUGGCUUACUGUGUUUCUCAACCAGGGGAAAUUCAACAGCCACCAGCUCCGGGUAAUGGAAGAACAUUGGAAGGAGAUGUCUUAGUACGGGCAGCUUUCCAAGUGAUUGAAGAGGCUAACACUGAUGUUGGAAAUUUACGACUAACGGACAGACACCGAGGCGAUUUACAUGAAGGAGACAUCAAACUGACUCACGCCCAACGACGACUGCUUGGGCUUCCUGUUCAGCGGGGUGAUGGUGGACGGCAGAAGCGUGCAGCCAUGAAGAGUCUGGCCCGCCGAUGGAUGGAUUCAAAUGGCCGACCUGUGAUACCGUACCGUAUUGAAGGCAGUGUUGCGCAUGCCCGUGGUGUAAUCGAUGCAGCUAUUAAACACUGGAUAACUUACGUUCCUUGCCUCAAGUUUGUACUACGAGCUCAUCACCAUGCCAACUACGUCAGCUUCUUUGCUGGAGGAGGAUGCUACUCCAUGGUUGGAAGAAUUGGGGGACAACAGAAGAUUUCUAUUGGUCGAGGCUGUGAAUAUCUUCACACUGUUGUUCAUGAAAUUGGACACGCCCUCGGGUUCUGGCACGAGCAGUCCCGUCCCGAUAGGGAUCGCUACAUCAAUAUUCUCUGGAACAACAUUCCAAGUGGAGUCCGCUCUCAGUUCACCAUAAUGCCCUCAAAUGCCAUCAACUCACGCGGGGUCUCGUAUGAUUACGACAGUGUCAUGCACUAUCACUCCACUGCUUUUGGAAAUGGACGGACAACCAUCACACGUAAAGACGGAAGCACAAAGCUGGGAAACACGCGCGGGCUGAGCUCCAAGGACAUUGAACAAGCGAAAAGGAUGUAUUGCAGUGGACAACCCACAAGCAGGCCUGUCACUCCAAAACCGCCCACGGGCUGUCAGUACAAAGACGGAUACUCCAGUUGUCCAUCUUGGGCAGGCCACUGCAAAAGCGGUCAAUGGCAGUCAUUCAUGCAAAAGUAUUGUAAAGCAACCUGCUUCUGUAAAGAUACCAGCUCAUGUCGCGACCAACACCGAAACUGCCAAGCCUGGAGACAAAGAGGUUACUGUCAGGGGAGGUACCAGGUGUACAUGUCCGCCAACUGCAAGAAAAGCUGUGGUAUAUGCUAAAGAAUCGUGUCCUGCGAAUGAACUGUACAAUCGAUGAUUCUAAAACCAAGUAGAAGAAGACUGAAGCCUGAAAAGAAGAAGAAGAAGAAAGAAGAAGAAGAAGAAGAAGAAGAAGAAGAAGAAGAAGAAGAAGAAGAAGAAGGAGAAGAAAAAGACCACGACGACGAAGAAGAAAAGUGAACUCACUCACUAAGCUAAAAGUGGAGAAAUACACUUUGUUUUCCGGAGUUUUUAGUUUCGUUUGUAAUAUAGUUUUGCGUUAUUUCAUCAUAGAUGCGUCAAUCUUAUUAGAAAUUGUAUAUUAGCUGCUAUAUUUAUAAGAAUGUCCUACGUUUUAAAUAAAAAGUGCUUUUCCUUGUUGUAUAUAGAUUUGUCACAGACUCUGUCUCCUGUACUCUUGUCAGUUCAUUUCAGGUUCUUCUUGACAUGUUCGCCUCUUUCGUUCCUGGUCUUCUAUGAAAAAAGGCCCUGCUAAAAAUUUUAUGCCCUCUCUCAUGAAGGGCAUUUUGGUGUGUAGUACCUCGAUAUACUUAAAUUUUAC